AUGGCUGAAGAAAGGAAGGAUGUGGAAGGUGCCGAUGAGGCGCCGCUUAAACCGGUAUCCUCUCUAUUGUCUCAUUUCGAACACCUUUCGUACUCCAAAAGCAAACCACCUACUCCUGGAUCAAAUUAUGACCGGAUAUCCCGCCCGAGAUUCAAGGAUUUGGAGGAUGAGUCUCACCCAAUAGUUCGUGCAUCAUUGGACUUACCUCGCUCUCAUUCACCAUGGGCAGUCAGCGGUGGCUCGGAAAAUGGGUCGGUGUCUGCUGUCGAUAGAACAUCAAAUGCACCAUGGAUGGACUCCAAGCGGGAAAAGUCUCCAGGAUCUCGGAGAUUCUCUCGUCCCCUGUCAAUGAACCUCCGCUCUAUACCGCAGAUGACACCGAGCCUGACCGUCGAGUCACCUCGUUCUCCUCCUCGCGGGGCUAAUGGACAGAACGGUGGGCACUGGCCUUCCUUCAAUCGAGGAACCUCCGAUAUAACACCCGCUACGAAUCCACGAGCGAGAAGCCCACCCGGUCCAGCAGGGACAAGGGUUCCAAAUUCUCCGGGAGCCAGGUCAGCCGGCGCUCCUCAGGCAUCCCGAGAACAUUCACCUAGCGGUUCGGUAAAGAGCUCCUCUGUUCCGCCUCCUGUCAGUAGAGGAGAGAAGCCGAAGAUUCCGGCCAAACCGGCAAAUAUGUCCAAUCUAGAUGUUCGCGCACUUACUCCAACGCACGAGCGAAAUCAGCCUACGACAGCCCAAAUCUCGCCGUUCAGCACACCUCCAAGCAGUCCCGAAAAGCCCCAAGUUAAGGCAGGCCAGCCACCGCGCAAAUCGCCUAAAAUAUCAAGAUCGCUAUCUACAACUCCGGAGCCUAUUUCUUUACCACCUCCUGUUGAUCGAAGUACUCGUCCAGUCACGAAUGCAACUCAGUCUACCGAUGCUAGAAGCCGGCCACCUUUGGUUACAUCACAUCCAACAGAUGCAAGGGAGUUUGGCUUCACAAGAAGGGGCACUGGUCUCUCACCCUCAAACCAUUCAAGAUCAGCGAGUCAGAUUGUCUCAAACACGCGAGAUUCUAGAUUAGCAAGGCCAGUAGGUCACAAAACGCUGCCCGAUGAUGAUCGGCCGGAGCUACGCCCAAGUUUACCACCUCGCGAUGGCCAGCCGCGAAGUGUCGGCCCAAGUGAGUUGAGGAACCCCGACCUACCGCCUAGAACAUCACUUGAUAUGCCCUCCCGAGCACCCAAGAUACCUACUCCGAGUCGCCUCCCGACACUGGAGAUGAAUACACGGUUUGCCCCUCCGCCUCGUAGGCAGACCGCUACCGUCAGUGGCAAGCUUGGUCCAGAUACGCCUCAAACAUCCAAAAUCCGUCAACAUCGCUCACAAAUUACUUCUCAUACCAUGUCUAAGCAGGCAUCGAGAAGCGAUUCGAGAGAUUCAGAAGACGAAGCCUACCCAGAAGAAGCUCCAGUGUCCAGAACGGACUAUCCCGAUUCUUCCCAAGUUAACCGUCGUCCUCCAAUCUUCAAAACGGGUCCUCUUACGAUUCCAACUCGAUACGACACACGUGAGUUUGACGUGUGCGGUAAACAUGCGUGUACUACCGGCUACUUAACGCGGGUUUGGGAUCUCACGACGGGGGAGCAGAUAUUGAGUAUUAGUCAUGGAGAAACUAUCAAGGCUCAUACGGUGGCCUUUAAACCUGGGACUGGCCUAGAAGAUGAGGGAACUCGUCUGUGGGUUGGUACCAGCGCAGGGGAAAUUCAUGAGAUAGAUAUCAACACGCAGUCUAUUGUCACAUCACGAUCAUAUCCUUCGAGACGUGAAGUCAUUAGGAUAUAUCGUCAUAAAAAAGAAAUGUGGACUCUGGACGAUGAGGGAAAGUUGUUGGUGUGGCCGCCAGACGAGACCGGUACCCCGAAUCUUCAAUAUAGCUAUGACAGUCCGCAGGAUCGCGUGGCGAAGGGGCACACGUUCUCUAUGGUUGUUGGAGAUGACUUGUGGCUUGCCACUGGCAAGGAAGUUCGAGUUUACCGUCCAGAUGCCCACGGAGAAGCAUUCCAAGUGUUGAAGAAACCAUUGGGAGCAAACCACACCGGAGAUGUGACAUCUGGGACACAUACUACGAAAGACGGCGGCCGCGUCUACCUGGGCCAUGCCGACGGGAAGGUCACUGUAUAUUCCUCGACCGAUUAUUCGUGCGUGGCUUCCGUGAACGUCAGUGUCUACAAGAUCAACUCGCUGGCAGUCGUGGGAGAUUAUCUCUGGGCUGCAUACAAAACGGGAAUGAUAUACGUUUACGACGUAUCGACUAACCCAUGGACCGUGAAGAAGGAUUGGCAUGCUCAUGAAAGCCCUGUGUGUGGACUUGUACUUGAUCCGAGCUCGUUAUGGACAAUGAAUCGCCUCCAGGUCGUUUCGCUUGGGACAGAUAACUAUCUGCGCCUGUGGGAUGGCAUGUUGGAAGACGACUGGCUGGAGUCGCGUAUGCAAAGAAGAGACGUCGAAUACUGCAAUUUCCGGGAAAUACGAGCGACGAUAGUGACUUGGAACGCUGGGGCUUCUGUGCCUCGGGAUUUGCAUGGCAGUGCGUUUAUUGAAAACGCUAUCCACGCAGAGCAACCUCCAGAGAUUUUGGUGUUUGGAUUCCAGGAAUUAGUCGAUCUGGAAGACAAGAAGAUCACUGCCAAAAGUUUACUCCUAGGAAGCAAAAAACGAGAGAACAAUGAAAAAGAGCAUAUGAGCCGGCAGUACCGGGUGUGGCGCGAUCAUCUGGCGGCUUGCAUCAAUAACGCCAUGCCUCUUGAAGAAUCAUAUGUUCUUCUCCACACUGCUAACCUCGUGGGGUUAUUUACGUGUGUUUUUAUCAAGCAGAAGGAGCGAGAAAGAGUUCGCAAUGUCAGUGCCGCAGAAGUCAAGCGCGGAAUGGGGGGCCUGCACGGCAAUAAGGGAGCUUUGAUAUUGCGAUUUGUGCUCGAUGACAGUUCGAUGUGUUUUAUUAAUUGCCAUUUGGCUGCCGGCCAGUCACAUACAGCACACCGAAACAACGAUAUUGCAGCAAUUCUCGAAGCAGAGUCUCUUCCUCCGGAGCAUAGCCUUAGCACGCGGACUGACCUCUUCGUGAACGGUGGUGACGGGUCGAUGAUUUUGGAUCACGAGAUAUGCAUUCUCAAUGGAGAUUUGAAUUAUCGGAUUGACUCCAUGUCUCGCAAUGUGGUUAUCGACGCGGUACGACAGAACAAUCUUCCCAAGUUGUUGGAACGAGAUCAACUGCUUGCGUCCAAACGAAAGAACCCGAGCUUCCGUCUUCGAACGUUUACCGAAGCACCGAUUACGUUUGCACCAACCUACAAGUACGACGUUAACUCGGAUGAAUACGACACGAGUGACAAGAAGCGAUCUCCUGCGUGGUGUGAUAGGAUUUUGUAUCGUGGAAUCGGUAAAGUCAAGCAGACCGAGUAUCGACGACAUGAGGUGCGAGCAUCGGAUCAUCGGCCGGUUAGUGCGUCUUUCAAGAUGCGAGUGAAAAGCAUCCUACCCGAGGAACGGGCAGCCGCGUGGGAGGCGUGUCAGAAGGAAUUUUCAAAGGAGAAGAAGAGACUUGCUUGUGAAUCUAGUAUCGAGUAUCUAGUGAAUGUCUUUGGCAUGGAGCGAGAACAGGCUCGAGAAGUGAUUACAUCCGGCGGGUCGUCCAAGCCAAAGACGUAAAUACGUCUAGCCUUUAUGUCAAUGAUAUAGCAUAUUCUCCGGC